AUGUUGUGGAGCCGAGCUCGCAAUUUGACGCUGCCCUGGAGAGGGCUUCACAGUCAAACUCGCGGCUUCUCCAGUGACCUGCCAGUUUUCCAGAGGCCAAACUGCCCAGCAGCCCCGCUGAGCAGGUACGAGGUGCCUCCAGCGGUGCAGGUUCCGAGCCACAUCCCACGCCCGUCCUACGCAGACCAUCCACGAGGCAUCCCUGGCGCUCUCACACCGGAGCAGUAUGGGGAGCGAAAGUCGCCAGCGAUGAUCCAGAAGAUGCGGAAGGCUUGUGGCCUCGCAGCAGAGGCUUUGAUUGUGGCCUGCGACGCAGCCAAGGAGGGGGUGACCACGGACGAGGUGGACCGCAAGACUAGCGAGUUCGUCAUCUCGCGAGGGGCCUAUCCUGUGGGGAUCAACUACUACGGCUUUCCGCGGGGUCUUUGUGCCUCACCGAACGAGGUUGCCCUGCAUGGGGUGCCAAACACUCGUCCCCUUGAGAAUGGUGACAUUGUCAACUUCGAUGUUACGGUUUUCCUCGAUGGGGCUUACGGUGAUUGCUCUGCAAUGGCCUGCAUCGGGGAUGUGGACCACAACGCUUACUCCUUAGUGAGAGAUACGCGCGAGAUCUUAGAGGAGCUGGUAAAGAUGGUGGGGCCAGGGCUCAAAUUGAAUGAAAUUGGGUCUUGGUGCGAGACCUUUGCCAGGCGCCGCAAACUCAAUACCGUCCGUGAGUUUUGUGGCCAUUUCAUUGGCAGCGAGCUGCAUAUGCAGCCGAAUGUAAGUCAUGUGCGGAAUAAUGUGGACUUGGAGCUCUUGCCCGGCAUGACCUUCACCAUCGAGCCCAUCUUCAUAGAAGGUCGUGACGCUGCAAUCCAACCUGCACUCGAGGAUGGGUGGACCAUCCUAACAAAGCGCGGUGAUUGGGCGGCCCAGUGGGAACACACCGUCCUUGUCACGGAUAGCGGCGCAGAGAUCUUGACUCAGGCGCUUUAG